ACGUGACGUAACAGCAGCGCGCGCGAUCCUCACAUGCUAUUGGUCACUUCUUCCGUUCAAUGGGCGGAGCGGUACCCGACACCACUGAGCAGCCAGCAAGCUCCUGCACUGUCUCCUUGGGCAGUUCAGCCAUCUCCAUGGUGACCAGUCCCGGGUCACCCAUUUGGCUUCCAAGCCCGCCGUUGCGUCAUUGUUAGGCGCCGGAAGCGAUCGUUCCUGCGCCGGGGCGUAGUAGCUUACACCUGGCUAGGGCCGGCGUCCUCGAAGUUAGACCGACCCGGGUCGGCUUCGGCCGGUGGGGGUCCCCUAUCAGGCCCCAGAAUAAUGGCGGUGUUUCACGACGAGGUGGAAAUCGAGGACUUCCAAUAUGACGAGGACCUGGAGACGUAUUUCUACCCCUGCCCUUGUGGCGAUAACUUCUGCAUCACUAAGGAGCAGUUUAUGUGUGGAGAAACAGUCCCAGCCCCUUCCACCAACAAAGAAUUAGUUAAAUGCUAAACAAGGACUUUCGGGAUCCAAAUCCUGAAUAUUCAGGACUGAGCCAAGCUGGAAAAAUCAAAAGCAAAGUUCCUGGCUUCCUCGUGGGACAACUGCUUUGUAGUUUGCUGCUGUGGAUUCUUUCCAUCGGCUCCGAGUUCAUCUCCAAUUAAAGAAGCAAGUCCAUGACAUGACAUACCUGGAUUUCAUGCUUAGAACUUUGAAUUGGAAAAAGUGUUCUUUAUUUUCCACAUGAAUUUAAAGGAAGAUAAUUUCAAGUCAGUGCUUUCAUUCCCUCAGUCUUGUUAUUUUUAUCUUAUACCUAAUUUAUUAUCUGAUAACAUCGUCUACCUCAAAGUCAUUAGGAUUCCUUCUUUUAAAACAGGAUUUUAUUUUUUUAAUUGGUUAUUAGGAUUAGUAAAAUUAGGCCUUUUUGAAAUUGACAUCAGGUUUGGUAUUCUCACUUAAGAAAAUGAGUUGCCUUGUCAGUACUACUGUGGUGUUCCCACUCCAAACCAGUCUCUGGGUCCGGCCGUUAACAGAAUGUCCCUGUUCUGUUAGGCACGUCUUUUCCAUUGUACUUCAUGCUCUGAGUUCUGGUCAUGGUAUUAUAGAGAUAACAUAAUAAGCUCACAGUUUUUUUUCCAGAGCUAAAAGAGAGAAAGAAAAGUCAAAAAGUGAAAUAGUCAGAAUAUGGAGUUUCCUUGUCAGUGUUCUGCUUGUUCCUUGAAAAUCGGGACAAGACAAAAAGGAAAACAGCCCAGGAAGUGAAAUUGGCAACAGAAUGAAGGGAGAAAAACAAGGUAGCUCAGUAAAUUAAAUGCUUGAAUGUUGUCGCCAGAUCAGAGCAAAUAAUAUUUCUGUAUCUGGGUUCUUGUUUGUUUGUUACUUGUAGACAUGGUUAAUACAGGUGCAUUCUAGAUAGGGGUUAAUGUCAAGUCUUCAUGGCUGGCGGCAGAACGUUUAGCAUUCCCGCAGAAUCAAGUCACUACUCCUAAAGGCAGAGCUUUUACAACUCUUACAGUUGCUGAGGAAGAACUUGAAAAUGAGAUGCCUAUUCUCAAUAAGUAUGCCCCUAAGAGCACAUCUAAUAAGCCUCUACAUGUUGCAACCAAACGAAACAUUCACUCUUACAGAGAAAUGUUGCCCUGGAGAAAAAGAAAUAUACAGAGAUAGGCUCUCAGUCUUCCUUCGCUGCAGUGCUGAGAGUGGCAAGAAAUUAGAAUCACUUACAUGCAAAUUCAGAAAUUCUCUUUAUAUACACAAUUUUGCUGUGUGUAUAAAGUUCAAAUAAAA